AUGAUCAUGCCCUCUUCGUCACUAGCAGUACCCACCGACCCGCUUUCUAAUUCUUGGAAUUACGUGGUCGAUGUUAGAACGCUGGACCGCGUAUCGGAAAUCCUCGAAACCAGAGUCCGUCUUACAAAACUAGAGGGAGAAGCGAUAUUUACGGAAUUAACCCUUGUUCAACAACAAAUUGAUGAGGUAUUGAAGUCUAUCGAAGGGAUGAAAGGUGGGGGGAAAGAGUGGUUGGAAGUUGCGGAGGGAGCGUUUGGGGAGUUGACGAGGAUGCAGUUGGAGGUUGAGGAGAAGGUUAGGAGGAUGGGGAGGAUUAUGGAUGGGAUGGAUGAGUUGGGGAUGGAGUUGGAUUUGUGGUUGAGGUAUCAAUCGACGAAUCGGAAUUAUAAACCUCGAUAG